AUGGGGUGCGCCGAUCGUGACGAGUCGAUUGCUGCGAUCGAACGGUCGAUAGAGCAGCAAGUGCAACAGAUCAUGGCGCAUAAGAUGCUCAUGGCGACGACCGGCUCUGGCGACUCCAGCUCCGUGGACCCACCGCGCUGGCUUCCCGCCGCUCAUGCCGACUCCGCUGCUCAAACGCCCUCACAUUCGGCGCGUUGCUCCCAGCCGGCGCUGCUGUCAAGCGCGCCUGGCGUCGCCGCGUGUCACGGUGGAAGCGCGACGCGCUUAUUCCACCCAUGGGUGCCACGCGAGACCGCACAUCACGGCGUGCAAUUCGGUAUCCGCGAACCGAUGGUCGUCUGGUCUCCGUACAGCGCGCAGCUCUACAUGCACCCUCCCGCCCUUCCCGCCCUUGCGCCGAACUUCCCCGGGAUGGCCGCUCCUCCUCCGCUUCCCCCCCUUCGGCCCUGCCCCCCGCCUGUUCCGCAGCACUCCCCGCCGCUGUCGCAGUGGUCAGCGGGCCCCUCUACCGCUUCCGCCAAGUCCGCGCAUGGCCCCACAGAGCACACGGGCGCAUUGCUGGAUACGCAGCCCGGCCAUUGUGAUGCCGGCGUGAAUUGCGGCGAGAGAACAGGCGUGGUGAUGCCAGCUCGUUGCGCGGCGCCAGAGCUCCUGAAGUCGCGCGUAGUAGCCCCUUCCGCCGCUAGCGCGGUGGCAUGCGGAAUGGCGCCGCCCUCGGAAGCAGGCGCCAAUGACGCGGACCUAUCGAUGCGCUGCACGCCGACAUGGGAAGCGGUGGCGGAGAGAAUGAGCGCGCCGGCGGCGCAAGGGAUGACGCAAGGGGUGGCGGAAGGAGGCCUGCUGGGGGAAGGCGACGACAUCAGCGCGUGGUUGAGCCGCCUCGUGGGCGGCACGGCUGGCCCUGGCCUGCCGGAUGCACCGACGAUGGAGCUCACGCAAUUACAAGGAAAUGAGGCGACGCGUGGCCACGCGAUGCUGACGUCAGCUGGAGUCGCGUCAUGUGGCAGUGGCACCGCAGCAAGUGCGGGACGUGGCACCGCGUACAGUCACAACGGCGUGCGUGGUGAUGUGACGCGCUGCGAUAACGUGCCAUUCAACAACCCCAUGCCCUGUAACAGUCUCGGCGCCAUGCCUGCUGCACCCGCACCUGCCUACAUCUCAGCGCGCGCUCUCCCCUCCGCGCAGCGACAUCCCGCCCCUGCUCCUCCUGCUACGCAAACGGGAGGAGGGGCUAUGGGGGAGCAGAGAGGGGAGUGGGGGAGGCGAGGGGUGGGAGAGGAGGAGAGCGAUGAGGGUGGGGGGGUGGAGGAGGAGAGAUGCAUGGAGGGCAUGACAGUAGAGCAGAUUCUGCAGGAGAGGCGAAAGCGCAGCCGUCAACGCCGACAGCAACUGCUAUCACAUCUUGAAUCCGAUGCUACCAAGCUAAAGGCGGAGCGGGAGCAGUUGAGGUCAAAGCUUGCACAUGCUGCAAACAGGCUCACACAGCUGCAAGAGCGGCAGAAGAAGCUGGAGCACGAGAGGGAUACAAUAAAAGCAGAGAUAGAGGCAGGCAGGAAGAAGAUGAACAAUGCACGCAGGACAUAG